GCAGCGGCAGCCAGAGCAGCUAUGGAAGAGGAGAGACAACACAGCAAGAAUAUAAUGCUAGCAGAGCAAGCUGAACAGCGAGAAGCAGAAGAAGAGCGCAGGAGGGCAUACGAGGAGAAGAAAGCGGCUGAAGCAGAGGCAAAUUACGACCAUGAGGAGGCCAAAGCACUAUUUAAGAGCAUGCUAAUGGAGUAUGACAUCAAUCCUCUUAUUCCUUGGGAUAUGGCCCUCCCUACCUUCGUCAAUGAUAGCAGAUACACCAGUCUCAGAAAUACUGAAGAUAGACAGGAUACCUUUGAUGAAUACUGCCGAGAAAAGUCGAUGAUGGCAAAGAAGAAUGCUGUCACCGUCGAUCCUGUGAUCACCUACAGGGAACUCCUCAGAACGGAAGUCACUAGUACUCGUACGCGUUUCGAGGAUUUCAAGAGAGAUUUCAAAAAGGAUAGACGCUUCUUUGGAUAUGGACGCGAUGAUAAAGAGCGCGAAAAGGUCUUCAAAUCUUGGUUGAGAGAGCUUGGUGAAGCCAAACGCAAGGAGGCACAGAAAGCGGAAGAGGCUUUCAAGAAGCUUCUUAGAGACACAUCUGAGAUAACUACAGAAACGGAUUACAAAGAGGUA